AUGAUGCGGCGAGGGAAAGCGCUGCUGGAAGGCAGCAGGCAGGGCUCCGUCGACGGCAACAGCAACCUGGCAAGUGACAAAGAGCUCGUGCACAAAUGCCACAGCGAUCCAGGCGGUGGCAGGGCGUUGGGUGCCACGUCGAGAAACUAUAGGCACCGUUCAGCUUCGGGUGCGCUUAGAAAAUGCGUACUCACCCUUGACGGAUACUCGUAUGUUAUAGGUAAGGCCGUGAAAAACAUUUCAAGUACUGCACCAAUGGAAGGUCUGGUCCCCACCAGGUUUUAUGAUCGGCAGUGGUUUAGA